AUACAAUACUUGAUAAUAUGUGCUGUUCAUCAACCAAAAUCUAAUUCAUCUCUUUAACUGCUGUUUUCGUCCUGAUAACUAAAAUCAAUAGCAAUUACCAAGAUGAGAUACAGGGCUAAUAAUAUCUAAAUCUUUUUCCAUUUGUUUUGUAAUUUUCUUUAUUAUGAUAUUUUUGAAACUUGAAUUUGUCCCUUAUGAAUAUUUUACAGCAGGACUCAAGUAUCUUUUCCUGCAAAGGUCUUCUUGUGCCAGGCAAAAUCUGACCUUUCAUGGUGCUUUUCACUCAGGCAUAGAUGAAUCUUUGAGCUUAAAAGUAAUGUCCCCAACUCUGUUAGCAGCAGAAAAGGAAGAAGCCAAGGCUGUAUUGAUGUUGUUUUUGAAGAAACAAGGUUUAAGCAAUGCGGUUGCAGCUAGAACCGCCAACAAGUCAGAUCUUUUCAUUGAUCACCUUGUCUCAAAGCUUCACUCUAAACACAAAUCUCGGUACCUUUCAGGGAGAGAGCUUACAACUAUGGAGAUUAGGGAUGCCCUUAUCCCUUAUCUUGAAUCCCUUUUUGAAGAGCAUGGAAAUAUUCUAGCGAAUGUAGUGGAAAAUUAUCCAAAUCCACCCGUGAAGGAUAAAUCAGCUGUGUCAGUUCCUCGCUCUAGUCCAGUGGUAGACUCUAAGAAGCUUAAAGUAGUGUCUCGAGGGAGUGAGAUAGACCCGAAUGCCGGCAAUCUACGCCCUCAUAUUGUCUAUCUCAUGGAAUUUGGUAUGAAUAUUGAGCAGAUUAGGAGUAUCACACGACGAUUCCCAUCUUUUGCCUACUAUAGCUUGGAGGGUAAAAUUAAGCCAGUGGUUGAGUUUUUUCUUGAACUUGGAGUGCCAAAAGAGAACAUUCCCAAUAUCCUCGCUAAAAGGCCUCAAUUAUGUGGAAUCAGUCUGUCUGAAAAUCUUAAACCCACCAUGAAGUUCUUAGAAUCUUUGGGUGUUGACAAGAAACAAUGGCCAAAGGUGAUCUAUCGCUUCCCGGCGCUGUUGACUUAUAGCAGGCAGAAGGUGAGGGAAAGUGUAGAUUUUCUUCAUGAAUUGGGCCUCUCAGAAGAGAGCAUAGGUAAGAUUUUAACUCGCUGCCCCAAUAUUGUUAGUUACAGUGUAGAAGACAAUCUCCGACCAACGGCUAAGUACUUUCGUUCUUUGGGAGUUGAUGUUGGCAUUCUUCUAUUUAGGUGCCCACAGAAUUUUGGUCUUAGCAUUGAGGCUAAUCUAAAGCCUGUAACAGAAUUUUUCUUGGAGAGAGGAUACACUUUGGAAGAAAUUGGGACCAUGAUUUCAAGAUAUGGAGCCUUGUAUACUUUCAGCUUGACUGAAAAUUUGACUCCAAAAUGGUAUUUCUUUUUGACCACAGGUUACCCAACUUCUGAGCUAGUUAAAUUCCCUCAAUAUUUUGGAUACAGUUUAGAGGAAAGAAUUAAACCAAGAUUUGCACAUAUGAAAACAUCUGGAGUGAAGUUACUGCUGAACCAGGUUCUCUCACUGUCAAGCAGCAACUUUGAAGAGGCCUUGAAAAAGAAAAUGAAGAAAAUGCAAGUUGAUUAGGAUUCUUAUUAUAGCACCCAAGUUGUCAAUCAGAUAAUGAGAAUUGAGACUUUAAGGCAAUGUUUCAGAUUAGAAUAAGCUCAACUUCAUGAUAUUUUUUUUCUUGGGUCAAUGGCACAGUGACUUCUAAUUUAUGUUAAUUGUAAAGUUGCAGUUAUAGUUGAAGAUGGUCAAUCAAAGGCUUGCUCCUGAAACCAAAACACAGCUCAUGCUCAUUAACUCAAGCAUUAAGCUGUCUUGGGAGUGAUUCAGAGUAUACUAGCUCCUUAAACCAACAUUUUCAACCAGGGUUUUUGACAUGAAUGACCCCUGUCAGCUCUUGCUUGAAAUUGCUGCUGUAUAUGUGAUUGUCUUUAUCUCCAUAUAUUUACUGGAGUGUUUACUGUGUAUUUCAUUGUAAAAUAGGUUAUUAGGUAUGCAUGAACUGACAUGAUGCCAAAUUUUGCUAAUUGCUAGUACUUUAUUAAACAAGGACAUUCUAAUCUGGAAAUCAUGUGUUUCCUUUCCAUUUCUAUAAAUCAUACAUAUACACUACACACAGAACAAUGUAUAGCCUUAGAGUAUAAGAGUGCGAGAAGAGCUAAUCUUGAAUGUUU